AUGUUAGCGAGACAUAGUGUUUGGGAUAUAGAGCCACCUCAACGGCUCAGUGUUUGGGAUACAGAAACAUUUCGACCGCUAAGUGUUUGGCAUACAGAAUCGCCUUCAAAGCUCACUACCACAACUACAACAGCUGCAUCCAUAGCUACUGCGUUCUGGUCAUUUGAUAACAAUGCUCUCGAAUUAUACAAUGGUCUUGAUGGUACUCUUUUCGGUCUUCCAUCAUAUACAACCAGCUUACUUGGAUAUGGAGCAGCAAUCAGUCUUACUCAAUCAUUAACUCAAUAUGUUGCUAUCACAUCAGCUAUAAUUCCUUUAAAUUUGCGUAGUUUUACCAUCGAAGCAUGGAUCUAUCCUAUUGGUUUCACAGGAGGUGAGUAUGGAAUAUUCGGGCAGUGUCAAUCUACAAGUACUAAUUUAUGUUUACAUUUUACAUCACGAAAUGAUAAACUAUAUUGUGGUUUUUAUGGGAAUGAUGUACAAGGUGUUACGACACUAACAAUGAAUGUAUGGACACAUGUUGCUUGCGUCUACGAUUCAGCCAGCCAAAUGCAGGAAGUAUGGCUGAAUGGUGUGCUUGAUGGUUCACAUUCUGCAAGUCCUUAUGAAGGUUUAUGGGGAACAACAACCAUUGGUGCUACGUACAGUACAGGAAGUAUCGCUUGUUUCAAUGGCUACAUAGAUCAAGUUCGAUUUGAGUCUAGAGCUAAAAAUAGUACUGAGCUCUGGAAUGAUGCUUCUCUUUAUGUCUACUAUUCGUUCAACGAUCUUUUCC